AUGACACACCCAAGAUAACACUUAAUGAAACAAUUGAAGUCUAACAAUUGGCCCUCUGCAAUCAUUUUUAAAGGAUAAGAUAGUGGAAGGCAAUUUGAUAAGAAAUUUACACUUUGUUCUACCAGAUCAGAAGAGUUUGACGACCUGUAUAUUGAUGAGGGCAUUAAACUAGGUUAAGAAACAAAAAUUAAAAAAAGAGAGAAUCCAUUUGUCUAGUAAUUCAAAACUAAAUUAAGUUUGGAAUAAGGAAUGAUCCUACCAUCAUCAAAUUAAUAGACUAGGAAAUUUGUUAGUUAAGAUAACAAAAAUGAUAAAUUAAUAAUAAAUUACGAACGUAAUGUCUAAAAUAAUUUAUGCAAGAUCCCAAACGAUAGUUGUUAUCAGAAAAUUAUUCUAGAAGAGCUAUAAAAGAAAGAUGAAUCCCCUAUUAUUAAGCAUAAGGAAAAACAAGGCAAUACUCUUAAAUCUGAACUCUGCAAGGAUUAAUGGUUUGCAAACUAAGAAACUUCUGAAUAAGCACACGAUCUGGACCUUCAAAUCAUUGAUCUAAAUUAGUUCUAGGAUGAAGAAAAAGACCACAUAAGUCUGGUUGAAGAGUAGAAAGCUGAGGAAAAAUUUUAUAAAAACUCAGAUUCUAUCACAAUUAAACAAGAAAUGAAUCAAAUUGCCCACCAAUCAAUAAAGUAGUCUGAAUUUAUUAUUCCACAGCCAAUUAAAGAGACAUAAAAUCAAUAGUUUGAAGGAGCACUAGACCCUACUAUUAGUCGAGAAAUAAGAUAAUACGCUAUAGAGAGAAUGAUAAUAAUUCUGCAUCUAAACUAAAGUCUAGAUGUCUAGGUCCUAAUAUUUGCUAUCUAACUAUUUGAUAACUUUCUGAGAACAAAAAAAUUUUUGAAUUUAUCAGAAACAAAUCCAAAUACUGUAAUCCUGACAAUUUUAAGUUGCUUGUCAUUAAGUUCAUAGUAUUUGGAUGACAUGCCUCUGAGCAAUUAAGAAUUAGCUUAGACGAUUCAAAAUAAUAAUUUCAGUUAAGAUGAUAUAUAUGAAAUGUGUGAGAAAAUAUUCAACACUGAAGGCUUCACCCUAGAAUUCCUGGACUUAUCAAAUAGUUGUAUAACAAUGAUUACUGAAUUUUUGAAUUCAAAUACUCAGAAAAACAAUGAAAGCUACAAAAGUAUUUUCAAACCAAUUUUUACAUAAAAAUUGACUGAGUAUGUAGAAUAAAUCAGCUUGACUUAUCAUAUUCAAGAAAUGAAUAAAGAGAUAUAAAAUUUAGAAGAUUUUAAGGUAGCUAUUGUUCUACUUGCUUUAAAGCACUAUCUUAAAGAUUUGCAUUUGAAUUCUAUAAUUUAAAUGACAAAAUGCAAUCUUCAUAGUGAUCUACAGCUAAUCCAAGAUAAAAACCUUGAUUAAUUCCUGAGCAUCAAAGAAUUAAGAAAAAAUUUUAAGGUUCACAACAUUUAGAGUACUUACUAAAAGUCCAUUAUCAAAGAUAUAACAGCUAAGCUUGUAAAUAAUAACAAUUCAAGAGAAAGUCUCUCAUACUCUGAAUGA